AUGUUUCUUCAAUUAAAAUACAGGGUCUGCUCUGAAAUUAACGACAUAAACACACAAAAUGAUCAAGACGAACUUGGUGACGAUGAAGAAGAGUUUUAUGAAGAUAAUGAUUUGGAUAGUAAUAAUUCAAAUAAUAAUACUCGUUGUGAUGAUCCUUAUUCUCCAAAAUCGUUUAGAAGUGGAGGGACUAAUAGUAGUUGUUGUAAUAGACAUUCUUCUUUGGAAAGUGUUGGAGGAGGAAGUGGAGGAGGUGGUGGAGGGGGGUUACACAAAAAUAUAGCUACAAAUAUAAGAAGGAGAAGAAGAAAAGGAGGAGGGGGAAGAGAAGGAGGGGGAGAAAGAGAAUCUUCCUUCACAUUAAUUCGAAGACCUUUAAGCGGUGCUAGUGAUUCUAAUGAUGUUUCUUCUGAUCGUACACCAAUACAAUCAACACAUCAUAGUGAUGAAAGUAGUUCGGAAUUUGCUUCGGAAGGAGAGCAACAACAGCAACAACGAGAAAAUAUUGAGGAAGAGGAUGAAGGAGGGGAAGAUGUCGAGGAAGAUGAAGAAAUGGGUGGGGGAAGAAGAGAAAUUGUGGGGGGAAGAAAAGAAGAGAGCGAGUUGAGACGUGAAUCAAAUUUAAUGAGAAUAUGUGGGGGUGAUAAUCAAGAGAAUAAUCAAUUAAUGGAAGAACACAAAAUGGUUGUAAUGAGAAGAAAAGAAAAUAAAAAAUUUUCAAAAAUUUUGUUGUCUUCAAUAUCCCCAAGAAAACAACAACAAAAUCAACAACAAUUCCCUUCUUCUUCUACAACAUCCACAAUAUCACCUUCAAUAAAUACAACAAGACAACACAAACUUAUUGGAAGAAGAAAUUCUAGCGCAGAAUCUUCUUCCCAACAUUCAAAUUCAUUACAUACAACAACAACACAUUCUAUUAUUCCUUUAUUUUCUGAAAUACAACAACAACAACAAAUAUUUAAACAACAACAAAAUACAAAAUGUUUUGAUGAAGAACAGCAACAACAACAAAAUAAUUAUUUGCGUUUGGAAUGUUCACAUCAUAUUUCUGGAAUGGUUGAACAUUUAUGGAAUAAUUUAAUUUCUCACUUAGACAACGAUCAAAAUGGAAUAAUAAUUUCAAAUUCAAUUAUUUUAUUAACACAACUUUUUCGAGAGAAAAGUAUUUUUCUUGUUCGUAUUUUGAGGGAUUCUUUGGAUAUUUUUAAUUAUUCUCAACAACAAAAAAUGUCUACAGAUAUUUCCCAAUUAUUUUUACGUUCUCUAAAUUUUCUUUUAAAAUUUGUUGAAUGUCCUUUCCUGUUUGUAUCUUCCCAAUUUAUUAAUUCUUCUAAUUUACUCGAUUCAAUAAAAAUUGCUUUAUUUGAACUUCGUGAACAUUUUGAUGCAUUUAAUGAACAUUAUGAACAAUCAUUAAGGGUAUGUUUGUAUUUUGUUUUAAUUAAAUUCUGA